AACGUGUACCAAGAUGAGAGAGAGGAAUUUCUAGGGUUUUAGGUCCUCCGAUUCCAAUUCCAAUUCCAAUUGCACCCCCAAAAUGACGAAGAGAACCAAUCUCAGACCCCAAUUGAAACCAAUUUCGAAGCCAGCGCUCAAAUUCCUAUGGAUGAUCAGAAAAAAGAGACACCUCUCACUCUCUUCCCGGCGUUCCUCAACCGCCACCGACAUGCCGGACGGCUGUGCCGCGGUUCUCACCGACCACGAAGACGUUCUCGUUGAAAUACUCGCAAGACUCCCCGUCAAAACCCUAAUCCGAUUCCGGUGCGUCUGCACGGCGUGGCGUUCCCUAAUCUCCGACCCUCAUUUCCUCAAGAAGCAGAGGAAAUACGACGCCGAAAGAGGCCUCAACGACAGCGAUCUCCGGCUGCUGUUCUCCAUGAAGCCUCCCAGCUCCAUGGGCUUGGUGGAUUUAAAGGGUUUGAAGGAUGCUGAGCUGGCCAAAAGAUUCAGAGAGGACCGUGUUGCAACCAGAGAGCUUGAUUUUCCGGUGAGUCUUGAUCAUGGUUAUGAUAUGGUGAAUGUGGGAACUUCCAAUGGGAUUAUAUGCAUUCAAUUUAAUCGCGGCGAGUAUGCUUUAUGGAACCCUUGUACUGGAGAGUACAAUGUGUUGCCGAAACCUAGUGUUUUUUGUUAUCCAAGGUAUUAUGGAUUUGGUUAUGAUGAAAUCAAUGAUGAUUACAAGGUAGUGAAGGGGUCACAUUGUGAAACUGAUGGGAAUGGUCCGCUGAAACCGCUGAUUCAGGUGUUUUCGCUGAGAAAAGGUACAUGGAAGACCUAUCCCGGCCCGAAGAAUGUUUGCAUGAGAGGGCAGGGGGCGUUUGUAAACGGAAACCUGCAUUGGCUGUGGUUUGAGGAGUGGUGGAAGACGGAAAGCAAGGAAAUUAGACCUUUUAGUUUAGCUGAGGAGAAAUUUCAGGAGGCGAUGCCGAUUCCUUGGAAUAACAUUGGUGGAAUUUUGAUUUCCGGGAAUCAUCUCUGUGUACAUAGUGAAACAGGGGCUGUCAGGAUAGUGAUGAUGAAGGAAUACGGGGUCAAGGAAUCUUGGACUGAAGUGCUGUAUCUGACUAUUUUUACUGUACCUCAGAUAUAUGAUGAAAUCUGCAAGGUGAAGCCUCUGUGGAUUCUAGAGAAUGGUGAUGUUUUGGCGUACACAGUACAACAAGGAGGCUACUUGUCAUUAUAUAAACCAAAGGAUAAGGCAUUUAGGAAUGUUAUUAAGCCUGAAGGGAGUUACAGGUUUGAAUCCGUCAUUUACAGAGAAACUUUUGUUUCACCGGUAACUGGCAAUCUUGGAGAAAUCUGACAACAGCAUUACUUUGGUAAUACAGAAAGAUGAAGAACCCAAGGAACCUAGUAGAUACGCGGAGUCAGGAAGAUGAAGCGGAGAGAAGUAUGCGCCUAAUUCGGUUGGAAUACAUGGUCAUGCAGUUCUCUAUUUUACUAUUUUGGUUUUGUGGUGAAGGACAUAAGUGCAUGUAUCCCAUCCCAGUGUUUAUGAAUAUUGCGACUACAUUUCUCUCA